AUGCCGCCAGCAAACCGGCGAAGAGACGAUGACUCCGAGGAUGAGAGCUCGUCCGAUUCCUCGCCUCCGGCUAUUGCUCGACGAUCGAAGUUCAAUGAUGAGGAAGACGACAGCGAUGUUCUCGAGUCAUGGGAUGCCGCCGAGGACUCCGAGGUCGAACGUGAAAAGGCCAAAAAAGCAGCAGAGGCCAAAGCCAAGGCAGAUGCAGAAGCAGCUGCUAACAAAAAGUCAAAAGCGCAGAGGAUAGAGGAGAAGAGGAUGGCUACCAUGCGUAGAAAGGCGGAGGAAGAGGAGGAAUCGAGUAGCGAGGAGGAGGAUGAGGCGACCGCUCGCGCAAGAUUACGACAAACAGAACAGGAUUCGGACCUGAAGCACGCCGAGGACAUGUUUGGCAACAUUGGUAUCAAAAAGGAUCGGUCGGCUACAAAAGCUGUGGUGGCCGCAGAUCCGUCGGAUCCCUCGAGCGCCGUGGAUCUUUCCGCGCUUCCUCUCUUCAACCCAAACACGAAAGACCAAUUCCUGAAGCUGCGCGAGACCCUCACGCCCAUAUUGGCAUCCAACUCAAAGAAGGCCCAGUACACCCUUUUCAUGCAAGAAUUCACCAAGCAAAUAGUCAAGGAUCUGCCGAGCGAUCAGAUCAAGAAGAUAGCUAGCGGUCUGACCACGCUGUCCAACGAGAAGAUGAAGGAGGAAAAAGCAUCGGAGAAAGGCGGAAAGAAAACCAAAGCUGCUAAGAGCAAAGCGACAUUGGUAGCCAAUCGUGACACGAGCUUCAAGGCGGACACAACAAGCUAUGGGGCCGACGUUGACGAAGAGUUCUCGUCGAAAGAAUUACGGACAGUUGGGAAUUAUACAUUGGGCCGCCUCAUAGGCAAGGGGUCUUUCGGCAAGGUCUACCUUGCAUCGCACAAACUCACCAACGGGUCCAAGGUGGUGCUCAAGUCAGCCAACAAGGACGACUCGAAUCUUGCCCGCGAGAUCCAUCAUCACCGGCAAUUUUUACACCCUCACAUUGCUCGAUUGUACGAAGUCAUUGUAACCGAGAAUCUGGUCUGGCUUGUUCUGGAGUACUGCCCUGGGGAUGAGCUCUACAACUACCUGCUUCAUCAUGGGGCAAUACCCGUGGAGAAGGUCCAGAGUAUCUUUACCCAGCUCGUCGGAGCCGUUGCCUACGUACACAACCUUUCCUGUGUCCACCGAGAUCUAAAGCUGGAGAACAUCCUGCUGGACAAAAAUGAGAACGUCAAAUUGUGUGAUUUUGGCUUUACACGUGAGUACGAAGGCAAAUCGAGCUAUCUACAGACAUUUUGUGGGACUGUCUGCUAUAGCGCGCCGGAAAUGCUAAAAGGAGAAAAAUACGCUGGAGAAAAGGUUGAUGUUUGGAGUCUUGGGAUAAUACUUUACGCACUGCUGACCGGAGAGCUACCUUUUGAUGACGACGAUGACAUGAUCACGAAGCAUAAGAUUCUUUCGAGCGAGCCAAGUUUUCCUGACACCUUUCCGCCGGAUGCCAAAUCUCUUGUUAGCCAACUCCUCUCGAAGAGACCACUCUUUCGACCUGGAAUUGCUGAUAUUUUGACAAAUCCCUUUCUGUCGGAAUACGCUCCGCAACAGCAAGCUAUUUUAAAGUUGACUCAGCCUCUACCCUUUACUACGAAUUUGGAAAAAGAGACGUUGGAGCGUAUGCGCAGUGCUGGGGUUGAUGUGGACAAGGUCAUUGAAAAUGUUCUUGCUCAGCGCUGCGAUGCUUUGGCUGGCUGGUGGGCCCUGUUGAUCGAGAAAGAGGGGCGUAAAGAGAAAAGGAGGGAAAGAAAGCGAAGGGAGCGAGAGAUGGAGGCGAAAAAUCUUCGAAGGCUUAGCGCUGCUAGCAGUCGUCUGGAACGCAUAGCAGGACCUUUAAGAGAAGUGGAUGAAGAGGGUCUUUCCCCUUCACCGAGUGCUGAUGUUUCACGAAGUCGAGGGAGGCGGGAAAGGCGCAGCACACCCACUCCUCAACUGAUUCUUCCUGAGCUUCCUCUGUUGCCUGAAGGGAGCACUCUUGAUUCGCCUGGCUCUCCUGUCCCUCCUCCGCCAAUCGAGAAAGACUCGAUACGUUCCCGUUCAGCGAGCUCUUCUCGGCGUCGACCACCUCCUCCUCCCAAAGAGAGAAGGCAAUCCCGUCCAGGUAGCACGCUUCAACUGGUCUCUACGAAUUCUGACCUUCUGGCGCCGCCGAACGGAAUGUCAAAGAGACGUCCCAAUCGUCGGCGCCAACACGCCUUCUUCCACCAGCUGGCAUCCAUCAAGCAUUGGUUCAUGGAAUCUGCCAAGAGGGCCAAAUCCCCUAUCUCUAGGAGCGAUUCUUCGACGCUCAAAAACUCUCCACAGGAGAGAAAGAGCCCCAUCGAGCCCCGCCGUACGCUAAACAAUGGGACUCCAAGCCGAUCAGCUGCCACACCUACACGCCAGCUUUCUGGCGCUUCAUAUCCUCGGCCUGGUAUACCAAAUCCCAAACAUAGGUCUUCUCUGUCUCCUGCUCCAAUAACGCCUCGGUCCUCGUAUCGCCGAUCUUCUGGCGGUCUCCGUGGCCGCAAGUCUACCUCCUCUUCAGUAUCCUCCAUCCGCAGCAUUCAUCAUGUCCAUACCCACUCGAAAGCGUCUUCCACCUCGUCUACUUCCAACUCGGUCCACUCUUCUGUUCCCUUUUCCAAAACCUCACGUUCUCCGCACACCUCUGUCAAAGUUCUCCCCGCCACCCCUACCGUGACAGCGUUCCCUUCAAACAUCCGCCUCGUCCGAGCGGCGCCUAACUACAAUGAACCGGCCAACUUCGCCUCUCCUAGCGGGUUGGUCUUCGCAAAGCGGAAGAAGAAGCCUUUUCGGGGUCCAAUGCUCUCCAUUGGUAAUAGUAAUGGUGGCAUUCCUGCCGGCAGACCAAGAGAUUCCAGUGUGGGUGGCAGCAGAAGUGCGAGCGCUGCUGGAAGAACUAGUGGCGAGAUCAUCGAGGAGGAAGACGAGGAUGAGGUCGAAGAGGUGGAUACCUUUAGUCCUCUUGCUCCGGAAGCUGAGGAAACGAUUAUCUGGGAGGGUGGUAAAGAGGCUGAAGUGGAUGGUUGGGUCAGGAGACGGCAUGAUUGA